CUUCCGCCGGCAAACGUACGUGCACUUCGUUUCGUGUGGUUGGUGUUUCGUAAGAAUUGCAAAAUGGCAACAAAAAGUAAAGUGAAUUUCUCCGGACACAAGUGCAACGGUAGCGAGUACGAUGCAAAGCGACAGCUAUGGUUCGGGGAACGUCUUCCUUCAGUUCUCAAUCCUCAGGCUGGGGUUGGGCGGAUCGUUCUCGACUCGUUGGCACGCUCUCCCGACAAGGUGAUACAGAUCAAUGCGGACACGGGCGUUCGCCUAACGUGCAGUGAAAUGCGCCUCCAGAUCGUCCGUGUGGCACUACACCUGCAAAAGCUUGGCUUCAAGAAAGGCGACUUUGUUAGUAUGGCGUGCGGAAACGGAGAACACGUGGUACCGGCGUUUAUCGGGUGCUGGUUGCUUGGUUUGGCCAUCAACCCACUCGCUCCGGUUUAUGGAAAGGAAGACUUUACGCACAUGAUGCAACAAACGCAAUCGCGGCUGGUAUUCUGUGACGAGUCGAAUCGAUCCGUGGUGCAGGAAGCGGUCCGAGAAGCAAUAAGGGACCCCGGAGAGGUACAUUUGUUUGUGAUGGGAAAGGGCCAGAAGGGGAUGGCUCGGUCAGUAGACGAGCUGCUCGCACCGAUUGAUGGAGAGAAAGGGUUUCGAGCGGAGUACCUUGGCGAUGCAACGAAACUGGUUGCCAUGGUGCUGUGUUCGUCUGGAACUACGGGACUACCGAAGGGGGUAUGUUUGUCGCAUGCCCAUUUCGUCGAUGGAAUGGUGUUUUCCACUGAAGUUUCCGAUGGACCGAUCUUCAACUUCAGUUCUCUGUUCUGGGCCACCGGUAUCUUUGCGGUGCUUACGUCGUUAUUCUACGGUCGGCCUCGCGUUCUCACCAGCAGCCCGUUUAAUGCUGAGCUGCUGAUAAACUUGAUCGAGAAGCAUCGUAUCGAAAACCUUUUCACCGCACCGUCGUACGUAUCGGCUCUUCUGGCCCAUCCGCGGCUAGCGAAUGCCGAUUUGAGCAGUGUACGCCAGUGGCACGUUGGAGGAUCGAUGGUCCCGGAAGAGCUUGUCAUAAAGCUACAGCAGCACCUACCGAAUGGGCACGUACGAUCGAUCUACGGCAGCUCGGAGAUCGGUUUCAUCACUCGCAACGAAGCGAUCUGCUUGUCGAACUCCGUCGGACCGUUGGCGACGAACGUGGAAUGUCGUGUAGUGGACGACGAGGGACGCGCCUUAGGUCCUGGACAAACCGGCGAGCUUCAGCUUUCACAUCGAUACAUGUUUUUGGGAUACCUUAACAACGAGCAAGCUACGGCGAGCGCGCUCACGGAUGAUGGGUUCUUCCGGAGUGGCGACAUAGGAUACAUGGACGCGAACGGCAACUUGUUCGUCAUUGACCGCAUCAAGGAUAUUAUCAAGUACAACAACUACCAAGUGUCCCCGUCCGACCUGGAGGGUAUCAUUCAAAAGCUCGACGGUGUGAAACAGGUGUGCGUAAUCGGUGUACCGUCCGCCGACCGUGCCAGCGAUUUACCGAUGGCGGUCGUUGAGCGAACACCCGGUUCAAAGAUCCAGGAGGCGGAAAUCGUUCGGUUGGUCGAUGAGCAGGUGGCCGACUUCAAACGGCUGCGUGGCGGGGUGCGCUUUGUCGACAGUUUCCCGAUGACACCGUCUGGAAAAAUACUGCGACGUGCGGUGAAAAAGAUGAUAGAUGAACUACAGGCAUGAAAUACAUUCAAAUAAUUGUCUAGUGCUCCCAACACAUUAGAAUAUCAAACACUGAUCACUGGUGUGAACAAGCAAUUAGAAUAUAGAAAAGGACCACAAACCACCAGUUA